AUGCCGCCGAAGCGCAUGACCGCGAACCCCCUGGCGCCUCUGCGCUACCGCCCGGGAAAAGCUGUCGGCCAGCAAGAAUCAUCAUCAGAAGAGGAAGACUCCGCCUCGGAAUCUGAAAACGAGUCGCAACAACAGACCAAGACAACUACCGCCCCGCCAAAAGCAACUUCCUUUCCCAAAUUCAACUCGAACAUCACCAAAGCCGACCUCGAGCGACGGAGACAAGAGGCCCAGCUCUUGCGCCAACAGAACGCCGAGCUCGAAAAACAAGGUCUAGAAGGCUUCGAGACAGCUUCCGAAAGCGAAGGUUCCGCCAGCGACGAUGAAUCCGCAUCCGACCAAGACGACCAAGACGAUGAAUCAGAGGACGAAGCACCAACUCGCAAGUUCGUCGCUCCAAGCUUCAUUCCGAAAUCACAGCGCAAAACUCCCGCCGCACCAGUCCAAAACGAAGAAGCCAUAGCCGCCGAAGAGGAACGCAAGCGCAAAGAAAAAGCCGACGCUCUCCUCCAAGCACAAAUCGACAAGGACGCCGCCGCUCGAGCUGCUGGCCGCAGAGCUUGGGACGACGAAGAUCCUGACGCCAUUGAAGACGUUGACGACACCGACAAUCUGGACCCAGAAGCCGAGCUCGCAGCCUGGAAGUUGCGUGAACUACGCCGUGUGAAGCGAGACCGCGAAGCCAUCGAAGCUGCCGAGAAGGAAAGAGAAGAGAUUGAAAGACGACGAAACCUGACGGCCGAACAACGAGAAGCCGAAGACGCAGCUCACAUUGCCGCCCAAAAGGAGGAAAAAGAAGGAAGAGGCCAGGCGGGCUUCAUGCAGAAAUACCAUCACAAGGGCGCCUUCUUCCAGGACGACGAACAACUGGCCGAAAUCUCCAAGCGCGACAUCAUGGGCGCCAAAUUCCAAGACGACUCUGGUAACCGUGAGAUUCUGCCUCAGUACAUGCAGAUUCGCGACAUGACAAAAUUGGGCAGGAAAGGAAGGACGAAAUACAAAGAUCUCAAGGCAGAAGACACUGGACGUUGGGGCGCAGAGGACGAUAGAAGAGGUGGUGGGCCUGGUUAUGGAGGCGAUAGGUAUCAGAAUAGGGAAGGAGCCACCGGUGCGAACGCUGCUGCUGUGGGUGAGCGGCGAAGGAGAGACGAUGAUCGUGGUGGUCGCGACGAGAAGAGGGCCCGCUACGACUAA